CAUUCCAAAGUGCAGGCCUAAGAGGCAAAAGGAAAAGGCAAAAGGAAAAGGCAAAGGCAAAGGCAAGGGCAGAAGAGUAAAGAGAGAGACGGAGUUACCAAACAAACACAAAUUGAAAUUGUGAUUUAAUUGUAUAAAAAGGAAUGGUAAGAAUCACCAAGGCUUUCCUGUCUUCAAUUUUGCUUCUGAAUCUCAUCAUCUUCUCUGUGUUCGCCAUGGCCGACCAAUCUGCUCCCAAAUCCGUCGCUGCUUCCUCCGAAACGGCGGUCCACAUCGUUUACACCGAACGCCCCCUCGAAAAUGAAGAGCCCGAGUCCUAUCACAUCCGAACCCUAGCCUCCGUCCUCGGCAGUGAGGAGGCUGCCAAGGAGGCGCUGCUAUACAGUUACAAGACGGCUGCCAGUGGAUUCUCUGCUAAGCUCACUCCUCAGCAGGUUGAACAAAUUUCAAAGCUUCCUGGGGUUCUUCAGGUUGUACCAAGCAGGACACUCCAGCUGCAUUCAGGACCUGGAAAGCUGCAGUAGAGGAACUGAAUUCCAUAGUAAGAAACAUGUUUUAAACUUAAGUAUCCACCGUGCUGUAUAAGACAAUUAACUUGUUUACUCUUGGCAUGCUGUCUACUUUUUCCAUAAUAAGGUUGAUAAUAUAUGUUUUAAGAGUGCCGCUCCUACUUAUGUAA